CUUAAGCCAAAUGUUUUUACAGCAACACCAGCAGCUCUUAUUUAAAGGCAGCUAGACAACCACAAAGACAAUACUUUGCGCAAAGACAGAAACUACAUUGAAUGCAAUGAUAGGUCUUUAAGAGAUGUAAAUGAAACCAAGUGAUUGUAUAUAACUUAUAGACGUCGCUCGUUGUUGUCACUGUCGUACGAAUCACAGGUAUCGAUGUAAUAUCGAUCACGAUAGAGUCUGUUUGUUUCAGUCUUCGUAAAUGUCGUUUAACCGCCAGAAUUCCGAAGGAUCGUCAAUGUGUCUCCCAGUUGUCGUAUUUGAGCAAACGUGACUUAAGUGGCUUUGAAGGUGACGUAAGUGUAUAGAUUAAAGUUGCGUCUCACGUACCAGGUGAGUUGAAGGAAACAUGGUCGGAUUUAUGAGCAAAGUUUGGGAUAAGAUGGAGGCGGCCAGUAGCCGUCUGCCUAUCGUCCUGAACGCCGUGUUGGUGUUCUCGAUCACCGCGGAGGUCAGCUAUCUUGUUUUGGUCGAGGCUCCCCUCGAACAAGCGCAGAAGAAGACCGAGUGGUCCAAGAUAUGGAAGGCCAUGCAUCUCCUCGCUCAGUACUUCAUGUUGGGGAAUAUAACCUGGAACGCGUCACUGUUUAUGAAAACGAACCCGAGUAUUCGUGGAGUGUUUCUCGGCGGGGAUGUUUUGGGUCAAGGAUGGAGGUACUGUUACACCUGCGAGACGCACACGCCGCCGCGGUGCUCACACUGCUACGACUGCAACGUGUGUGUCCUGCGACGUGAUCAUCACUGUGUGUUUUUCGGCCGGUGUGUCGGGUUCGGCAACUACCGGUAUUUCCUGAACUGUCUGCUCUUCAUGUGGGCGGGUCUGCUCUAUGCGGUAUUCAUGAAUGCCGAAGUCUUCAUCGUAAUCCUCAAGGAGGGUGUCACGUUUCACAGUGUCAUGCUUUUGUUGGUGCCCUGGCUGAUGUUUGUCUCUGGGCAAGUGACGACACGGGCCUUUGCUUUUGCAUUCAUCGCCGACACUUGCGUACUGGGCUUCCUAUUGGUUGCUGCCUUCCUCUUCUUUCAUGUGGUUCUGAUGGUAAGGGGCCAGACCACUCGUGAGUGGUAUUCCACACGCCGGCCCUACAACCAAGGAGUGCUGGCCAACAUCAGAGAAUACAUGGGCAAGUACUGGUACAUUUGUUGGCUCUGUCCAUUGAUUCCUUCCCCGUUGCCUGGGGAUGGCAUAAACUUCAAGAUAACUGGUUCAUUAGAGCCCAGGAAGUAAAGAGCAUACGAUGAUUUUUCAUUGCCGAUAGAAUUUAUUGGCUCAGCUGAUGUAGUGGCAUGUUGUUGAGCCUGAAGCUGUGGUUGCAUGCUGUGCUUCCACCCAGCUGCUACCAGCUCCCUACUAAACCAAAACCAGCAAGAAAUGGACUUUGAUUUGUACAUUUGCUUUACAGUUUUUCUCUACUACUGUCUUAAUUUUAAUCUGUGUUAAAUAUGGUGGAUGUUGAUUAAAUGUGCUGCCUUUUUGUUUACUUGUGCAAUCUUUGCUAUAAUACUACUGCAAAAAAUCUUUCUUUGUAAAGAUAACUUUUUCAAAUUGUUUUACACUCCUUAUGUUACUUGUUGUUUCAAACAAUGAUUGAUGUGCCAAAUAAUAUUUUAAUACAAAUGUGAAUGUUCUAUGUGCCAGCUGUCUAUGAUUUUUUUUCUGAGUUCAAUAAAAAUGAUUUUAUUUCUAUGA